CCUCAGGGCAAGCAAAUGCUCGUCGGGGGGGCUGCGCUGCCAGGCGCUAGGCGAGGCUAACGCUGAACAGACGGGCGGGAAUGCUACGUGAAACGCCGCCCAUGGUUGGCUGCGCGGCCGCCUCCCUGUUUCAUCGCCGGUCCUUCAUCACACGCACAGAAUGCAUGAAUGGACUCUUUGGAGUCCGCCGGCGGUCACUAGACACACCUCUUUGGCGCAUUGCAUCACGCCGUCGCCCUUUGCUUGUCUCGUGGGCAGCAUGGCAAACACGGCGUGCGGCCGCCGCUCUGCCAACUGUGGCGUCGCUCGCGGUGGAGCACUCGCAGGGUCACGGCUAAAAUUAGAGGGUGCAUUGGCGUCUUAUUCAGCCUGUCGCCCGUAUGCGUGGAGCUCUGAACGCGCAGCACAGCAUCGAGUGCUUACGCUGCUCAGCCUCAGCCUCGCGCCAGCCCAUCGACCUGGUGGAAAAAAUUAUCGGCGACAGCGUCGGUCGCCAGCGCUGCCGCCGAACAUGCUGCGCUAUUGUCUGCACUCGACACGGCGUACGUCGUCCUGCAGGUGUCGCAGGUGUCGCGACCCUGCUUUCUGGUGUUCCAACGGCGCUGGCGACGUCACUGUCAAACUCUUCCAAGGUUCAACGGCGCCCCUUUCCAGCAGCAUCGCCGUUGGCCAGCGGUAGCAGGAUUGCUGAGCCGCAACGCAAACCUGGGGCACCCCCGGCCGCAUGCUUGAGCGCUCCUCUCGGCAUCCAUUGCAAAUGACUGUUGGCCCUGAGGUCGCAGUUCGGGCGAAAGACCCUUGCGGGCGAUCCCAAGAUGCGCCUCCAGCGUUGCAAGAAUCCGAAGUCGUCUUGCCGCUGCCGCACCGCAACAAGAGCGUCUGCGGCUGCUGCAAUAUCUGCGCAGUCAUCCUCAACCAGAAGAGUGAAAAGCCCCUAGAACAAGCAUCGCACCCCCAGGCCGGGUCAGCAUUCAAACUACGCCGCGUCCGCUUUGGGCAAAAGCGGGCAUG